UUUAAUGUCACAUUAUAAUAUUAAAAAUAUAAAAUAGGCAAAAACAGCAAGAAAAGAAAAUAAUCUUUGAUUAAUAUCAAUACUAACAUUUGAUAUUGCACAGAAAAUUCGUUCACCAUAAAUUUAAAUAUUUAGCUUAUGAUGAUGAAGAAAAAUAAUUAAAAUAAUUUAUAGAAUAAUAGUUUAUCAUACUAAUUAAAAAGUUCCUUUUUUUACGAUCGUUUUUCUACGAACGAAAGCUAAGUAACACUGUUAUAAGACAUUGAAAUUUUUCCAACGAGUUAUUGUCUAACGUCUAUACACGCCUGUGCGAGAUAAAUUAAUUAUAGAUUGUUAAAAUGAUCGAUUUGACAGUUAAUUUCAUAAAAAAUUAAUAGAAUAUUCAAUAUAUCCGAGAAAUGAAAAGGAGAAAAUGUAAACUGGAGAAUUUGCUCAGCUAUAAUUACAUGUUUCUAACAGCGUGCUUCUUAGAAACAACAUGCAAUUAAAAAGGAAAUGUCACAAUGAAGAAAAUGAAAGAAAAAAAAAGACUUAACGAAGAAAAGAAAGGUUCAUUAAAUUUGCAAUAACACUUUAUACGUCAGAUUCUUGAAAAAUACGUGACUAUUAUUUCUUCAAUAAGAUGGAAAAGAGGGUUUAAAUAUUUGAAUAGGAUACAUGCCCGAUUCUUUCUUCGUCACUUUUCUAACUUCUCUCCUAGUUCAGAAUGUUUCACGCCUUCUUAACAACCCUAUGGAUAUUUUCGAUCUUCCCUACUAUAGGGUUAGUAAACUUUUUUUAUCAAUGAUAGGUCAGUGGCCUGAUCAAAAUCCUAAUGUUCGUUUAUUUUCUUUAUGUUUUGUUACUUCUUUAACCACUUCUAUUAUUAUCACUGAGAUUUUAUUAUUAUAUUCUUCUAAGGGAGAUUUCGAAUUUAUGGCCGAUGCUAUUGCAGGAAUAUCACUUAUGUCAACUCUUUCUAUCAAAUGUCACGCGUGUUACUUCGGUGGUAAUAAGAUAAAAAAUCUUUUAAAUAAGAUCGAAGACGAAUGGAAAUUAUGGAAAACAAAAGAAGAAAUAACCAUAAUGAAAAAAUAUGCCAAAGAAGGAAGAUUAUAUUCGAUAGGAUACAUAAUAUACAUCUACACAACUGUGAUAUUAAGUUUUUCGAUAUCGUUUCUACCAAAAAUCGUCGAUUUAAUUUUACCAUUAAACGAAUCCCGUCCAUUGCAACAUGUAAUUAUGAAUGAAUACUUUGUCGAUCCACAAGAAUACUUUUAUCCAAUUUAUUUUCACAUGACUUUGACUAUUAUGAUUGGUAUUACGUGUUUUCUCGCUAACGAUACCAUUUUUUUGGUUUUUACUUCUCACGUUUGCGGUUUAUUUGCGACUGUCGGAUAUAGAUUAGAACAUUUGUUAAAGGAAAAUAAUUAUGAAAAAAUGUCUCCAAAUCGUCGACGCAAAGAAUGUAUUCGAAGUGUCGUGCUUCUAAUUGGUGCACACAAAAGAGCUGUCGAGUUAGUAUUUGCUGAUAUUAUGGAAUCAUAUUUUUCAUUGCCAUCGUUAUUAAUAACAGGAAUGAAUAUAAUUUGUUUGAGCGUUUCUCUUUUACGCGUAGCAGAAUUAAUGGGAAAAUCAGCAGAAGUAUUUAAAUUUGCGGCAUUUACAUUGGCACAACUUUUCCAUGUUUAUUGCAUUAGUUUUGUCGGUCAAAGAAUAAUCGAUCAUAGUAGUGAUAUUUAUUUUAAAGCAUAUAGCGGAUUAUGGUACGAUGCUCCAAUGAUAGUACGUAAAAUGAUAUUAUUUAUUAUUCGAAGAAGCCUAAGACCAUCUAAUUUAACCGCAGGAAAAAUAUUCGUAUUUUGUUUAGAAACAUUUUCGAUGGUCGUGCAAACAUCCACCUCAUACUUUAUGGUCCUUUCGUCGAUGCAAUAAGCUCGCGAUUAGGUUUCCUGAAGUUGAAAAUAUAUUAAAUAUACAUAUUACAUAUAUAGAUAACUAAAUGACGAAUAAAAGGUAAAAGUCGAAAAUGCAAUUUACAUAUUUGGUAAAAAGGUUUUAUAGAUGAUAUACAUAGAAGGUAUAAGAUCGAUAUAAAGGUAUGUUACUACAUGAUAGAAUUACUUAAAUAACUAUUGGACAUAGCACAAGGUUGACCGAUAAAUUUCUGUAUUUUAUUAUUAUUAUUAGUAUUAUUAUUAUUAAUAAUAUUAUUCUUUUUUGUUUUAAUAUAUGAUUCAAAAAAUCGCUCACGCGAGUCUUUUUGUUUUCCGAGAGAGAGAUAGAGAGAGAGAGAGAGAGAGAGAGAGAGAGAGAGAUAGAGAUAGAGAUAGAGAUAGAGAUAGA